CCAAACAGAGAGUUGUGCAUGCAAUGGAGACUCAAAGUGUUCAGCUUCUGUUGCUGUUGUGUGCUGUGUCCACCUGCUGGGGACAAGUCUACCUGACUCUGGGAUCUGGUCCUAGGAUCACUACUAACAAUACUGAGAUCCUCAUCACUGACAUUGGAGAGGAUGGUGGUCUCCCUUCUCUCACCUGUCACACUGACCUCACUACCUGCUGUAGAAGUAAUGCUGAGAACAAUGGUAAUGGACCACUAGGACAGUGGAUGUAUUCUGAUGGGAGUGUGAUACUGGGAAAUGGUGCCUCAGUGAAUGCUGGACAGCAGUUCUACAUUAACAGGAAUGGUCCCCAGGUCAUUGGACUAAACCGUAGAGAGGCUAACAAUCCCGUCACUCCAACCGGGUCCUACUGCUGUACUGUACCAACUACUGGAGGAGAUAUGACCCUCUGUGCUAACCUAGUUCCUCCAAUCACAUGUUCUGAUAAUCUCCUGGCCCCCACUAAUGGAGGCAUACUCUAUGCUGGUGGAUCCACUAACAGCAGAUCUGUGGGUGCUACAGCCAGUUACAGCUGCUUUGGUGACUACACUCUGGUUGGAGUGUCAGUGAGGACUUGUGGGAGUGAUGGAGAGUGGAGUGGGUCAGCUCCAGUGUGUGAGGUGAUCUGCUCUGACCUACCCCCACUGACAAAUGGGGACAUUGACUAUGGUGCUGGAUCCCCUGACAGCAGACUUGAAGGCACUGUGGCCACCUACACCUGUGGCACUGGCUACACUCUCAGUGGAGUCAGCAGUACCAACAGGACUUGUGAGAGUGAUGGAGUGUGGAGUGGGUUUGCUCCAACUUGUCAGCUUAACUGCCCUGACUUGCCACUGACCAAUGGGGUGAUUAUGUACAGUGCUGGAUCACCUGGCAACAGACCUUUCCUCUCUAGCGCCUUACACUCCUGUAACCCUGGCUACACUCUCAUUGGAGGUACCACCAGGUUCUGUGUGAGUGGAGGGAGCUGGACUGGAUCACCUCCAACUUGUCAAGUGAGCACAGGACCCACCACCUGCUCUGACCUGACUGCUCUGACCAGUGGAAUGAUCCGCUACAAUGCUGGAUCCCCUGGCAACAGACCUAUCUUUUCUGGAGCUACCUACUCCUGUAACCCUGGCUACACUCUCACUGGAGGUGCCACCAGGACCUGUGGGAAUGGAGGGAGGUGGACUGGGUUACCUUCAACUUGUCAAGAGAUACCCUGUUUUGACUUACUCUUUCUGGUCAACGGGAUGAUCACCUACAGUAAUGGAUCCACCAACAACAGACCCGUGGGCAGUACAGCUACUCACUCUUGUGACAAUAGCUACCGUCUUGUUGGAGAGGCAGUGAGGAUUUGUAGGGGAGUGUGGAGUGGGUCAGUUCCAGUGUGUCAGAAUAUACUAAUCUGCUCUGACUUACCCUCUCUGCAUAAUGGAGCCAUUUCCUAUAAUGGUGGAUCCACUGACAUCAGACCUAUCAACACUAUAGCAACACAAAGCUGCAACACUGGCUACAUUCUCAAUGGAGACAUGGUCAGACUUUGUCAGAAUGACAGAACAUGGAGUGAGCCAACUCCAACUUGUCAAGUUUCCUGUGGCCCUCCUCCCUCUAUUACCAACGGAUCUCCCGGACAACCAACCAGCACAAUGAUCGGAGGAGAGGCGACCUACACCUGUGACACUGGAUUCAUUCUGAUUGGCUCUGAAACCAUCACAUGUUUGAGUGCUGGUAACUGGAGCAGCUCACCAUCCUGUCAGACCCCUCCCCCUGUGUACUUGUCCCUCUCCUCCACCAACUACUUAUCUGGGCUUUCUGAGAUCCCCCUGUCCUCCGUGGGAGAGGGGAGUGGCCUCGUCUGUCAUACUGACCUUGCUGGCUGCUGUGAGGGGAACACUGGAGAUUGGUACUAUCCUAAUGGCUCUGUUGUUAUAGAGGAUGGAGCGUUGUAUGUUAGCAGAGGUCAGAUGAGUGUCAGUCUGAUGAUGAGUGGAACAGCUACUGCUCCUGGUGGCCUCUACUGCUGUGUGGUGCCUACCAGUGGAGGGAGGGACACAGCGUGCAUUGUGUUAGCCUCUACUGAUGAUAGCUCUGUGGGUGCUCAGAGUGACAACACUGGUGCUGUGGUGGGAGGAGUGGUGGCCCUGGUAGCAAUGGUGGUGAUUGCAGUCACUGUAGUGAUGGUGACCUACCUAGUGCUCCGGUACAAGAGAGGAGGGAAAAUGACUGUUCCUCAAGAUAUACCCCUUACUGACCAGGGUCAAAGUGCAGCCGCUACCUACGAGACUGUCCCUGCCACUUAUGAGGAGAUCCCAGCCUCCAGAGAGGUCAAAGGUGACUACAGCUACACACAGAACAAUGCCUACUCGACUGUGAGUGGGCGUGAGGCUCCUGCUGCUGGAGGAAUAUACAAUAACUGAACUAUCAAAAGUAGAAAAUCAUUAUGUCUCGUGACUUUGUACAGAGCACACAGUUAUACAUACUUCAUCAGCCCCUCCCCUUCUCACAAUGUGUUUCACCUCAAAAAUAUGAUGGCUU